UUAUACCGGCUGAGGAUCUGGCACCAGGAUCCUAAAUGAGGAUUUCUCUGAUUCCUCUUGCCUUGAGCCGCAAUUUCACUCCACUGGACGUUGGAUAACCUUGCUUUUCAUCACUCCCCCACCCACUGCCUUGCACAUAGUUUUAAACUGAUCAGAGUUGCAAUUAACUUAGGCUCAUGGUAUAUUCACCCCUAUUGUUUGAAGCUCUGAAGAGGAAGGCUCCUCCUCCCUCUCCCUCCUCUCCUUGUGGCGUCUGCUGCCCAUAAGCCCUGAUAAGGUGUGUGCACAAGAUGAAAGCUGAGAAGCUGGGUUUACCCUGAAACCUCCAGCAAAAGUCUGGGGUUUAUGACAGUCACCAAAGCAAGAAAAAGAAAAAGAAAAAGAAAAAGAAAAAGUCACCUCUGAGGUCUCAGGACCGGCAAGUUUCACAUGAGCUCUUGGGACCAGCCAGUUUAACUUAGUUACCAAGCCAAGUUCCACAGAGGAGCCGAAAAGGUUUUUUUAGCCAUGGAAACCUCAUGCAUGGAAGGGUUCGGGCAGUUCAUGCAGGUCACUCACCAGCCUUGUCUUCAGCCUGCGCUGGGACCUUCUGGCUUCUCCGUCACUCACUGCGUUUCUCAAAGCUCCAUGAGGGGUUACUGCGCUGGGACGUUCCCAGGCCCUGCUGACCUACCAACCUACCACCAAGACAAUUACUGCAAUGGGGUCGCCAGUGGAGACUGGUACGGGCAGACGCAGGAUGGACCGUACCCACCAAUCUCUAGGUACAUGGGACCGCCUGGAUUUAACAUGCCCAGCACUGGUUGCCUAGGAUAUAUUGGCGAAGCGGCCAAAUCUACCCUCUUCCUCCAGAACAUGUCCAGGCGGAAGAGGAGGGUGCUGUUCUCUCAGGCUCAGGUUUACGAGUUGGAGAAGAGAUUUGAGCUCCAGAAAUACCUGACUGCUCCUGAGCGGGAGCAUCUGGCUAAGGUCACCCACCUGACCCCCAACCAGGUGAAGAUCUGGUUCCAGAACCACCGCUACAAGAUGAAGAGGCAAGCCAAGCAGCGGGACCUGGAGCAGCCACCUAGCCCAAUCUCAGUGCUCCACAAGACCUGUGCCAGCAGCCCCAUCACCUCCCACGUUGACUAUGGCUUUGCAGAUCCCAAGCUGGAGAAUAAAUCCACUCCAGAGGCCCAUUACAAUCUCCCCGGACUUGAGCAAGGUGGUCUCAGAGGCCAAGACCUGGCCAUGAGCCCCAACACUGCUGCAGACUGUCAGCCCAAGGCCAGCAACAGAAGCCUCAUGUUUAGCAAGUCGUGGUAGCUUCAUCUGGGGGGAUUAUUUUCCCGAACCGAGAUAAUUCAACACAAGUUCACAGAACGUUUCGCACAAUCCAAAUCUCCAUUUUUCCACCAAAAAAUGUUUCAACUAAAAACAGUUUUCCCCAGUUCUAAGAAAGCCUGAUGCACCUCAUUUUACAGCUGGGGAUCUGAGGACAGAAAUGACUUGUCCAAGGUCACACGGGGAACAACAGAGGCAGGAAUUGAACCCAAGUCUCUAGCCUUCACCAUUCUUUCCCCAAAAUUACCUGCCUGCAGGUUUGGGUGGUACUUUGGAGUGGGCUAGGCCAUGGCUGCAUCCGACAUUUGAGGGAGCCUUCAGAACUGGCAUGGCAUACAUAGCUAACGGUGCCUGAUUGCAAAGGUUGAGAAUAAAGACCCCAACGGAGCUGUUCACAACACACCUCCCAUUUACUCCACUCUGCUCUCUCCAGGGUACAAAGAACACAACCAUGAGGCAUUUCUUUUUAGCACAGACGCUUGGUUCGGUGACUGCAUGGCAGCGUUAGCAGGGGACAGCGGGGGCUAGCGACACUUACCUCCUUUGUAAAAUGCUGGGUAUUGCGUUGGUCUUAAAAGUGCCAGUUAGUUUUCACUGUUCAUUU